GGUGAAAACCUCUCCCUCUUCAAGUCCUUUUACUUCUGCAUUGUCACCUUCUCCACGGUGGGCUAUGGUGAUGUCACACCCAAGAUCUGGCCCUCGCAGCUGCUUGUGGUUAUCAUGAUUUGUGUGGCCCUGGUUGUAUUGCCAUUGCAGUUUGAAGAACUUGUGUACCUGUGGAUGGAGCGCCAGAAGUCAGGAGGGAACUACAGUCGCCACCGAGCCCAGACAGAGAAGCACGUGGUCCUCUGUGUCAGCUCCCUCAAGAUUGACCUGCUCAUGGACUUCCUCAAUGAGUUUUAUGCCCACCCUCGUCUGCAGGAUUACUAUGUGGUGAUCCUGUGCCCGACAGAGAUGGAUAUUCAAGUGCGCCGGGUCCUGCAGAUCCCACUGUGGUCUCAAAGGGUGAUCUAUCUCCAGGGAUCAGCUCUGAAAGAUCAGGAUCUCAUGAGAGCAAAGAUGGACAAUGGGGAAGCUUGUUUCAUUCUGAGCAGCCGAAAUGAGGUGGACCGCACAGCUGCUGAUCAUCAAACUAUCCUGAGGGCCUGGGCGGUGAAGGACUUUGCUCCAAAUUGUCCUCUCUAUGUUCAGAUUUUGAAGCCAGAGAAUAAGUUUCAUGUAAAAUUUGCUGAUCACGUCGUGUGUGAAGAGGAAUGUAAGUACGCCAUGCUGGCUCUGAACUGCGUCUGCCCAGCUACCUCAACGCUCAUAACCCUCCUUGUUCAUACGUCCAGAGGACAAGAGGGUCAGGAAUCACCAGAGCAGUGGCAGAGGAUGUAUGGUCGCUGCUCUGGCAAUGAGGUCUACCACAUCCGGAUGGGCGACAGCAAGUUCUUCAUGGAGUACGAAGGGAAAAGUUUCACCUACGCAUCCUUCCAUGCCCAUAAAAAGUAUGGAGUCUGCUUGAUGGGUGUGAAGAGGGAGGAGAAUAAAAGCAUCCUCCUCAACCCAGGACCACGGCACAUCCUGAGUGCCUCCGACACAUGCUUCUACAUCAACAUCACGAAGGAGGAGAACUCAGCCUUCAUCUUCAAGCAGGAGGAGAAGCAAAAGAAGAAAGGAUUUGCAGGGAGAGGCAUCUAUGAUGGGCCGUCAAGACUGCCAGUCCAUAGCAUCAUUGCCAGCAUGGGCACGGUGGCCAUGGAUCUGCAGAACACAGAGUGCCGGCCCAUCAACAACAGCAAGCUCACCUUGCCUGCAGAAAAUGGCUCUGGGAAAAGGAGGCCCAGUAUUGCCCCUGUCCUAGAGGUGGCCGACAGUUCCUCCCUCUUGCCGUGUGACAUGCUCAGUGACCAGUCAGAGGACGAGAUGACUCAGUCGGAUGAUGAAGGACUCACUGUUAUCGAGUAUGUGAAAGGCUACCCACCCAACUCUCCCUACAUUGGAAGCUCUCCCACGUUAUGCCACCUUUUGCCUGUUAAAGCUCCAUUCUGUUGCUUGCGCUUGGAUAAGGGCUGCAGGCACAACAGUUAUGAAGAUGCCAAGGCCUACGGCUUUAAGAACAAGUUGAUCAUUGUGUCAGCAGAGACGGCUGGGAACGGCUUGUACAACUUCAUUGUUCCUCUCCGCGCCUACUACCGGUCACGGAAAGAGCUAAACCCCAUCGUACUGUUGCUUGACAACAAGCCUGACCAUCAUUUCCUGGAAGCCAUCUGCUGUUUUCCAAUGGUCUAUUAUAUGGAAGGCACAAUUGAUAACCUUGACAGCUUGCUGCAGUGUGGGAUCAUUUAUGCUGACAAUUUGGUGGUGGUGGACAAGGAGAGCACCAUGAGCGCCGAAGAGGAUUACAUGGCAGACGCCAAGACCAUCGUCAACGUCCAAACCAUGUUCAGGCUUUUCCCAAGCCUGAGCAUCAUUACAGAGCUAACACAUCCAUCCAACAUGAGGUUCAUGCAGUUCCGAGCAAAGGAUAGCUACUCACUGGCCCUUUCCAAACUAGAAAAGAAAGAGCGGGAGAACGGUUCCAACUUGGCUUUCAUGUUCCGCCUUCCGUUUGCUGCCGGCAGAGUUUUCAGCAUCAGCAUGUUGGAUACGCUGCUUUACCAGUCAUUCGUGAAAGACUAUAUGAUCACCAUCACAAGGCUGCUUCUCGGUCUAGACACCACUCCAGGGUCCGGCUACCUCUGUGCUAUGAAAAUCACUGAGGAUGACCUGUGGAUCCGGACAUAUGGGCGUCUCUUCCAGAAACUAUGCUCCUCCAGUGCUGAGAUCCCCAUUGGCAUCUAUAGGACUGAGUCCCACAUGUUUUCCACCAUGGAUCCUCAUGACAUCAGGACACAGAUCUCAAUCAACGUGGAAGACUGUGAGGAUACAAAAGAGGUGAAGGACCACUGGAACACCAAACCCACUCAUCACCGGAACUCAUGCCCCACCGACCAAGCAGAGUACCCUUUGCUUCGGCGCAAGAGCAUGCAGUGGGCCCGUCGGUUGAGUCGAAAAGGAGCAAACAAACACACACCCAAAACAGCUGAGUGGAUCAACCAGCAGAGGCUGAGCCUCUACCGGCGAUCAGAGCGGCAGGAGCUUUCAGAGCUGGUGAAGAACCGGAUGAAACAUCUAGGCUUGCCGACAACAGGGUACGACGAAAUGAAUGACCAUCAGAACACACUGUCCUAUGUUCUCAUCAACCCUCCUCCAGACACACGCCUGGAACUCAACGACAUUGUGUAAGUACAUUUGAUGUGGUUGACUGAAACCAUUGAUGGUGUAAGUUGAAUAGAUGGAACACCUUUCAUAUCUGGCUCCAUGAGUUCUAUGUGGGUAAAACGGCUGGGGUGGACCACUGGAAG